AUGGAUUUUACUGCUGCUUUUUUUCACACUUAUUGGGAUAUUAUAGGGCCUUCUACUACUUCAGCUAUUCAAGAUUUUUUCAGACAUGGUAUAAUUUUGAAAGGCUUUAACCAUACACUCAUAUCCUUCAUUCCAAAAAUCACUUGCCCUACUAAAGUCUCUGAUCUUCGACCGAUAAGUUUGUGUACUAAUGCUUUUAUUAAGCAAAGGUCUAUCGCAGAUAAUGUUUUAGUGGUUCAUGAAUUGUUUCACUUCAUGCGACAUCAGAGAUCAAUGAGCAAAUUACAUGUGGCAUUGAAACUGGACAUAUUAACUUAUUAUUUUCAACUGAAUCGGGCUACUUACGGUUAUAUACAUCCAACUCGGGAUUUACGUCAGGGAGAUCGCUUGUCACCAUUAUUGUUUGUGUUAUGUGCACAGGGACUUUCAUUUAUGAUUAAUCAAGCAGUAGAGAGAAAUCAGCUUAUGGGUAUUCAGCUUAAUAGUCAUUGUCCCUCUAUAUCGCAUUUGUUUUUUGCUGACGAUUCUAUUAUCUUUACGACUGCUUCAGUUUCUGCAGCUACUAGUAUUUUAUCCAUCCUUAACAGAUAUGCUUUGGCUAGUGGGCAACAGAUUAACUAUGAUAAAUCGUCAGUAUUUUUUGGGUCUAAUGUGUCUGCUCAGUUAUCAGCAUCUAUUCUGAAUACGUUGCACAUGACCAUAAUGGAUACUACCAAACCUUAUUUAGGAAUGCCAAUUAUUAUUUCUAGUUCUAAAACAGCUUCAUUUGCUUAUCUUUUAUCAAAAAUAAAAUCUAAACUUAUAGGAUGGCAACAUCAAUUGCUUUCUCUAAAAGGUAAGGAGAUUUUAUUAAAGGCAGUGGUCUAUGCUAUUCCUAUCUAUUCCAUGAUGUGUUUGAAACUACCUGUCAGUCUUUGUAAGCAAAAAAAAUCGCCUUAUAUCAAAUUUUUGGUGGGUGAUGGAUAUGGAACCAGAACAACACACAAGAAACUUGAUAAAGACGUUAGACCAAGUCCCAAAGACCAGCCUCAUAAAUGGAGUGGUGGUUUGGGAUUUAAAGAUGCAAAGCUUUUUAAUCAAUCACUUCUUGCUAAGCAAAUGUGGCAGAUUAUUUGUUCUCCGGAGUCUCUAUUAUUUCAGAUCCUCAAAGGGCGAUAUUUUUCUAAUAAAGAUAUUACUCAAGCAACAGCAGGUCGUAGCCCGUCUUGUGGUUGGCGUAGUUUGCUUUUUGGCCUCAGUCUGUUAAAGCAAGGGUUGAUUUGGCAGAUUAAUUCGGGUACGUCUAUGAAUAUUCUUCUUUCGCCAUGGGUUCCUACUGAUCCUUCGUUUAUCCCUCAAUUAAAUGCAGGAAUUAGUUCAGUUCAGGUGCCAUUAUAUGUAGCUGGAUUAAAAAACAGUACAACGUCUGAUUGGAAUGAAUCUCUGAUUCAUACUCUUUUUAUUCCUCAUCAUGCAUCUGCUAUUUUAUCAAUGCAUCUUCCUUUAUUCCAGCAUGAUGAUAAGUUAGUUUGGUUUCAGCAAACUUCGGGGGAUUUUACAGCAAAAUCAGGUUACUUCUACGCAACUCUGCAACAAUCUGGUUCUUCUAUUGUUAAUCGGCUUAAUUAUUCAAAAAAGGAUUGGCAAGGUUUAUGGAGUCUUCAUAUUGCUCCUAGGUUAAAACUGUUUAUUUCGCGUGCUAUCCAUGGUGGUCUCCCUACAAGAGUGGCUUUAUCUCACAGAAGAAGCUCGUUUUCAUUGAACUGCGCAAGAUGUGGAGAGUUGGAAUCAUUGGACCAUAUGCUACUUUUAUGUCCAUUUGUCCAAAGGAUUUGUCUUUCCUCUUCGUUGACUCUAUUAUCUUCAACUAUGCCAACUCUAUCUUUUCAUCUAAUCUUGUUACAUGUAGUGCACCAACUCAAUCAUUUGGAUCCUUCAAAAUCAACACUUAAUCUGUUCUGUUAUCUAUAUUUUCUAAGUUCAAAUCCAACGCUCCAUAAUUCAUCUAAUGUCAGUGUCAUUGUCCCUCGCUCUAUUGUUUCAUUGCUGCCCCAACCAGGUAUUAUCAGAAUUAUGUAUGAUGUUGUUACUUGUUCCUUGUAUCAUUGUGAUUUUGUUGGUGCGGUAGCUAUGGAUUCCAAUAGUGCUAUUAUUCGUCGUUUUAAUGCUCAUUAUCGUCACAUUUGGGAUCCGGAUCUUGGGGAAUUUGUCAAGAUAUUCGCCGUCGCAGAGACUCAUUUACUUACUGUUCUAUUCAGUUUGUUAAUCGUCGUUUUAAUGUGUUAG